AGAAAAAAUAAUGUCGAAAUUUCAAGUAUCAAAGUGGCAAAAAUUAUAAUUGUCGUAAUCUCGAAUAAUUUUUAACUUGUGAAAUGUUGUUUCGAACGAGAUUGGCGAAUUAAUUUUUUUAAUCGUUUCGAUAUCAAAAUCGUCCAAAGAUGUACGUCUGCCCUCCAAUGCCACCCGCACCCUGCCCACCGAAUUGUCCACCCCCAAAGCCUCGAGAUGCCCCCACGAAAUAUUUUCGAGAGAUUGGAACGGCCAUGAUCGGGAAUCAAUUGAUAAUUCGCGUGGAAAGGCAUAGGGGGAAGGCGAAGAAGUUGAAAGAUUGGGAUCCUCCGUGUGAUUGCGACCUGGAGAUAGUAAGGCCGACGAGCAAGGAGGGGCCGAAGAUAUUGAAGGGUGCCGACAAUAAUCGGAUCCUGUUUCGCGUCGAGCGGUCGGAGACCUCGAAGGACGAAGAUCAAGAUACGGCACAAACCAUUUCUUACGAGGUCGGUGAGUGCAAAGGAGGUCCGAAGACGAACGAUCAGUGCAGAACUUUCACCAUUUACCCCGUAUUUAACGGUACCGGGGUACAGCAGAUACACACGGAUCGCGUGACCGAAGGGAAUGAGAAUGUGUUCAUGUUAAGAAUGAAAAAGAAGAAUAAUUCCUCGAUCGACCAGCCGAGGAAGAACAUAGAACUCGAGGUGAGGACACCGAAACCGCCAACGCCUCCUCCGGAAAAACUGGAAAAACCCUUGUUCGUGAACGAAGAUUGCGUGAAACUCGUUACAAAGGAGGAAGUACCGGAGAUUGAACCGAAGCAAGAAGUAAAAAAAAAGAAAAAAAAGAAGAAGAAAUGAUUUAUAUAAUUUUUUUUCUAUUCUUUCCCGAUUAUUCCAAAUUUUUUAAUGUACACAUAUAUACUCCUUCUACUGCUAUUUAAUUGACGAAGUAUUAAUUAGUCAAGACAAUAGAAAUUGAGAAGAUCUUAUAACACAAAUUACAAUUAUAUCAAUCUCAUCUUGAUUUAAAAGCACUUGGCGUUAUAUUUUAUUUAUCCAACUAUCUUGUGAUACAAUGCACACAUUUAAGACGUAAAAAAAAAAUUCCAAAAAUCAUGGAAACUCUAAAAAAAAAAAAAGUUUUGAAGGAUCACUUAAAAAAAAUUGAUAUCACAAGUGUCGACACUUAACAGAUUACUACCGCGACGAAUUUGCAGGUACACCAACCAUUAUGGCGGACAAUCGAGGUUACUGAACGAGAUUUCUGAAUGAGAUCUUUCAGUUUAGGAUUCAUGAAUGAAGUUCGCAAAAGCGCGAUUCUACGAUGCGUAAAAGUGCACGAGUCAGCGUUCUCGUUCCUCAUUCAUCCACGGCACAAGCAUCCGUGGAAAAUUGCUUCGUUACGGGCAGACGAGUUCGUAUUUGCUGAUUUUUUUCCUCGAAGAUGACUUUCGUUGGGAAACGAAACGAUUGUUGACUCUUCUCAUUGUGACCGUUCGAAAUAUCCUUGUAAUUGGUCCUAACUCUUUCCAUCAUCCGUCAUAGCAACGUGAUGAUCGCUCGCGUGAAUGAGGAGGUCCUGCAAUUGAGAAACUUUCAGAAUAAACGGAACACGAUUGUUACACCAUGAUUUUUGUGAAUUAUGUAUCAUUAUGGGGAGAAUUUUCUUUUUUUUUCGAAUUCUAUUAAAUUUUUAAAUUCCUGAAAUUAUUAGAUGUAAUUUUACUCUACGAAAAAUAUAUCUAAUAAUUAUGAACAGGGAGACAAGAGUCACAAUUUGAUUAUUAUCGAAAGAGAAAUAAAGAGAGAUUUAUAUUUUCCUCGAAUUUAAACAAUUUUCAACAAUAAAGGAACAGGAUUGACUCGAAAGUGAUCCAAGAAAGAAAAAAAAAAGGUAGCGGGAUUAAUUUACCAUCUCGCUAUACAUCGUGAAGGCUACCUACUCGAAUGAAUCGACAACAGAUUGUCCAGUUCCGCCUAUAAUCGUUCUUUAGAAGGAACAUCGAUCGUUUCAUUUUUCAUCGAACGAAGAGUAAGUCCCACCUACGAUAUGUCCGUGAUUCCACGUGAUGUUACGCUGAAAUAUCGUCUUCAUUCGGUUGUCCUUCAUUGUCUGCCGGCCUCUGUAUUUUUUUCUUAAUUCCCUGACACGAGAAACGGGGCACCGGUGGGCGGGUGGCUUAUUCCUGAAAAAAGAGUGAAUGGCGUGGUCCAAGUCGAGGUCUAUUCGGGACAGCACCUGACUCUUCGACUUCUUUUUCGAUCGUGAGAAUCGGUUCGAAGCCUCGAUUAUUCGGCCUCGAUUCGAUGUCGUGUCAAGAGAGAGAGAGAGAGAGAGAGAGAGAAAAGAACGAAGGAAAAUCGAGGGAAGAAUGCGCGUCUCUUUUUUGAACGUUGGGCGCAGUUCUCGAGAGGAAAAGUGGUGGUGGAAGAUCGAGAGAGAGAGUAAUUUAAUGGGGGGAGGAUAUUUGAUGGUCUUCAAGGUGGUCGAGGAAACUUUUGCAACCUCGAUUCGAAAAAUAAGAAAAUACUUUUAGAAUUCUUAACCUUAGAAUCGAGUGUUAAAAGAUAAAUAUUUUUUAUGAAAAUUGGUAAAGAAGAAAAAUUCAAAGUUUUUUUUUUAUUUAAUUCAUUCGAAAAUAAAAACUCUGUUGAAAAUUUUUGAUAACAAAAUAUUUUAUCUUUCUUUAAGAAAUUGAAUAUCUUAAUAAAAUCGAACGUUCAUACUCAUUAAAUUUUAUUGAUAUUAUUAUUAUUAAUAGUUCAACGAGCAAGGAACGAGUCAAUUUAUUAGAAAAGAGAGAAAAAGGUUUACAACGGUACUUAGGCAACUUGCCUCAGGUAGAACCAAUAGGAUUUUUAGUCGCCACAGGUGCCGAUCGCGCCCUUUUCUAGGCGUGGAUUUAGCUUUAAUACCAUCGAUCCAUUUUCCUAUUGAAUAUAUCCUUUUCACUGGAAACUGACUAACGGUUGACUUUUGAACAGCGAUUUAGAUAAUUACCAAUAAUCCA